AUGGAGCUGAGCGCUGGCGUCUCGAGGAUCUCUUCCUCUGCCGCAUCUUCGGCUCGCACUAACGCACUGAUGGAGCGACGGGGCGAGUGCUGCUGCUCUUCCGGACCAUCACGAGUGAGGAGGAGCUCCGAGGAUGGACUUGAGGAGCGCAAUGGGGACUUUAGAGCGAAUUGA